AACCUUCCCAUCAUGUUUUUCAGAUAUUCCAUCUUUCCUCUCAGUUUAAUCGGUUUAUUUUUGUUUAAAUUAUUUUAGGUCAAAUUCGAAGCGUCAGAGAAAGUGACGUGUUUAUUUCCACCUUUAAAAAUAAGCUGUUUAUGAAUCCUGAAGUGACUCCCGCCGUUCAUCUCUGCGUGUGGGUAAAUCUGUUGGGAAAUGUGUUUACUGUCAGCUGGUCGUGUUGUUGUGUUUGUGUGUGUGUUUGUGUGUGUCACCACACAUCUGUCACUGUGACAAACACACGGCCAAAAGUAUGUGGACACCACCAACACACAGGAAACCCUGGACAGUAUGUGGAGAUGUUUCUGCUGUUUGUUGGUCCAGUCUCCUCACAGUAAGAGACUGUAACAAACGCAGCUCUGACACAGAUAAACUCAAAGUUAUUGACGAUGAUUUACUCCAGAUAUAAAACCAAUAAUCAGCUUUUAUCCUGAUCGACUGAACAGCUGAUUUUACAGAACUGUUGUUGUGUUUCAGAGUCGCUGUUAACAAUCAUCUAUCUGAGCUGAAGAGUGUGAAUUUUGAUUGUUUAAGAUCGAACAAACACAAACUACUUUAUCAUGAUGUUUUUAUACAUUCAGGGAGUUUUUAUACUUAAAGUACUUUAUUCAGCCUGUAAAUGUACUUCUAUACGUACCAGUGUGUUUUUACAGUGCAGUAUUUAUACUUUAACACUCUGGUUUGUGUCUCUGUGUUAUUUUCAGACACACAAAAACACACACAUUUAUAAAUCAUGUUGUUUAUGUUGAUGGGCGGUAGUAUGUAGGAGGGGGGCGGGGCCUGAUGACAGCUCACUUCCUGUUAAAGGGAGAAUAAAACUGACGAAUCCGAGUCGAAACCCUGCAGACCAUCGAGACCAUCAGGACUGACUACUGCAGACCAGUUAAGACCAGUUUAGACCAGUUUAGGCCAGUUUGGACCAGUUUGACUCGGGAUGUGGGCGUUGAUGCUGAUGAUGUUUCUACUGGAUCAGAACCAGGCGGCUCCUGUACGACCUGAUUAUUGAUCCGUGAUCAAAUUACUGGACGCACAUGUGAGACAUUGAUUACUGAGACUGUGUGUGUGUGUGUGUUUACAGUUACCAUGGGAACAGCUCAGCCUCCAGCCCAUUGGUCAACUGCAGGACCAAACAAGAGUGAGUAUUUAAGUGUUUAAAUUUGUGAAGUUUUAAAACUUUAAUUAACAUCCAGGAUUUAUAUAAAUGUUUUUAAAAGUGUUGAAAAUCUUAGAGGUGAUGUUUUUAAUUUUCAGUUUUUCAUUGAUGAUUGUAUUUCACAUUCGGACUCAGAAUCUUUCAUCACUAUCCCAUUUAAUGUCGUAACAUUGUUUCCAUUUUAUAUCUAAUUAAUUUACAGAUAUUUCCACCAAUGACUACAGAUUAAAUGUAAUCAAACAUAUAAAUGUACGAUUAAAUUAUUUUAAAAAAAUCAAAAAUAAUUGAAUUAAACAUUCAUAUUUUAUAAACAUUUAUAUUAGUAUUCAACAUUUAUGCUUUAAGAAAUUGCCUUCACCAUUCACCAAGAAAUAAUUCAUAUUUCCAUCAAACAUUUAAAAAUUUUUAAAUUUUAAAAUUACAUUUACACUAAAAAAUUUUAAUUCUGAUGAAAUGGAAUCAUUUUAUCUGUAUUUAGUAUUAAAAUCUUAUUUAAUUGGAUAAUCAUAAUUAUUUAUUUUUAUAUGAUUAAAAUUAAAUCCUCUCUAACACUGAGAUCAUUUAGACACAGAUAUCAACAUUUGUGAAUUAAAUUUACGAACAAAAGAAAAAAACAACUAAAACAUUUAACAUGAAGAUAUUUUUCACUUUAGAUUAAGUUUAUAUUUAAUUGAUGCAUUACAAAUUUAAACUUAAUAUUUUCAACAUUUACAUUUAAGAUUUUUAGGCGAAUAUGAUUAUUUACAUAUUUAUAUUUGUAAUGUAAAUAUGAUUAUUUACAUUACAAAGCUCAAAAACAAUCUUAAUUAAUUUGUCACAUUUAGAUCAGACAUUUAACACUUCAAUUUCUUCAAAACUUUGUCUUGAUUAUUACAUUUACAUUUUUUAAUCAAUAUUUAAUUUUUAGAUUUAACUUAUUUAUUGUUAAUGUUUAUUUAGUUUUAAUCACUCGUACCUACAGUAAGUCAAAAUUUUUCAUUUCCAAUUUUUUUUUUUUUAUAUUAAUAAUUUUUAGAUUUUUACAUUAAAAUGAUGAUUUUUCAGUAAAUAAAUUAAUUUAUUAUUUCUAUUUAACAUUUACCUUUGAAAUAUUUAUGACUGUUAUUUUAUAGUGUCUCUCAUACAUUUAUUUAAUAUUUAAUAUUUACUGUUAAAAUCUAAAGUUAAUAUUAAAUUUCUAUCAUUGACACAUUUAACCCUGAUAUAAUCUUUCAUUUUUUCUCUGAGACAGUUUGUAAAUGUAGCUCCUCGUGUGUUUGAACAUUUUUAAAUCUUGAUGUGAAGAAACGCUCCGUUAUUUCCUUCCUGUUCGUUUCUGCAGCCUUCACCUUCUGCCCGUCCUGCUACGGCUCGACCGAGAACUUUCUCCUCUUCCUCCUCUUCAUCCUCGGCCUCUUCUGAGUCCAGCCAAAGUUCAGAGGUCAGAGGUCACUUUCGUUAUAACAUCAAUCUGUGAACAAAAACACUGACAGUUAUGUCAGGAAUUAAGGUGAAUAUCUUAUUUUCAGGGGGAAAUGACUGGGAUUUGGUCCUGUGGUCUGAACCUCAGAAAAUGGAUCCUCUUUGGGCUAAAUAUAAGUUUACUACACUACCCAUGAGCCUUAGCAGCUGCUAACCAAUCAGCGUUCAAGAACAGCUCUGUGGUAUUGAUAAUCAGGUGUAAAGCAGCCACUCAGUUUUUAAGGUUAAAAUCCACCUGCCAUCAUAAACAGAACCUCUACUGACUUUUACUCAUUUUUAGCUUUUUCUACAUUUCUGCCCAAAUAAACAAAAACUACAAACUAAAGUCUGUUUAUCUCACCUGAGGACCUCCUGCUCUUUAAUUCGGCUUCAGUGUCAAUCAGCUGACAGCCCCCCCACCCACUGAAACUGCUUUGAAUCUGGUGGAGGCUGUUUCACUGACUUUGACCACCAUCUAGUGGACGCCACGGGAACUGCAGCCCAACACACACUAAUCCUGAGGCUGCUCAUUGGUCAGAAUAAUCCUGUUAAAACAGACGUGGUUAUGACGUCAUCACGCAAUACAAUAGCUAAUGACAACAUAACACCCGAUGACCAAUCAGCUGCUUGCUACACUGACCCUGAUUGGUUGAUUUUUACAGGGAGUUCAACCGCUGAGAGACAGACGGAAACUGGAGAACACGGUAACACACACACACACACACACACACACACACACACACACUCACACACGAACGCACCAUUAAAUUACCAACCCUGUGAUGUCAUGGCGUGUCUCUGAUGUCAUUUCCUGCAGGCGGUGGAGCAGGUGGACUCCUCCCAAGAGGUGAGCUGUCAAUCAAACCAGAUCUGUCCAAUCAGUACUAAGCGUACGGUCUCAUUUACUGUAUGUGUGUGUGUGUGCGUGUGCACGUGUGUGUGUGCGUCAGAGCCUGGAGCUCCCCAGCUCUCCCAGCAGCAGUCUGUGGCUCAGUGAACUGGUGUUACUGGGACAGAGAGCGCACGAGCGUGGCGGGGAGAGAAGCACCGGAGACGACAGCGCCGGGAGCGCCGAGAGCCGCCAGAGGGUGAGGGCGCACUUGUCAGGUGACAUCACACACAGGAAACUGUGAUUAUUUACCAAAAUAAAAGUCUGAUGAUGUGACGGUUCAGGGAUACUCCUCUUCCUCCUACAGGCCAUGACAUUGACCUUUCACCCCCUUAUGACCCGACCUCGACUCGAUGGCGGGUUACCUGAUCUCACUCCAGCGGAAGCCGCCUCCAGCCUGGGCGCCGGUACAGGCGAGGGAGGCGGAGCCGUCAUAGAUGAAGAUGAAGGGGGUGUGGCUAAUGCAGAGGAGGGCGGGGUCGGAGGAGGAGCAGAGUUCGACUCGUUCCGUCGUCCGUUUGGUGACAGCGUGGAGAGAGGGGGGCUGACCUUUGACUCACCAGGCCACACCCACCAUAACGGUUUCUAUGGAAAUGAAGGCGAGCUAGAGCUGAGGCUGUGAUGGCCACGCCCCCACUGACACCUGUCAAUCAUUUACCUGAUCAGACCUGGAUCAGAGAGUUUUGAAAAGUACUUUCAUGUUUUUAUUUCCUAUAAAAAUAUCAUUUUUCAAAUAUAAGAUCAAAUUUUUGUUUCUUCUUUUUUUCUUCCUGUGUUCAUGUUUUUCACUAUCAGAGGCCAAAUAAACGAGUGUUACUAUUUUUACUUCCAUAAA